CUACGAAUGGCAGCGCACUCUCAGUUCAAUUUUUUUUGGUUCCCCCCUCGUAUAUUCCGCACCAUGGGACCACCGAGCCAUAACUUAUUUACUAGUUCAGCAGUACAGCUAAAAAGAACACACCACAGAGACAGCCUGUUCAGUAAACUCGUGCAUUGUUGAAUUCCGCUGCAUUGCUAUGAAAAGAACGUCUGCAUGUGCAGUUCCAACUAAGAAAAACGUUUCUUUUUUUUUAUACAUCUAUGAAUUAAAUUAAAUUAGAAUGUUAUUUUAGAAACAUCAGUGUCGAUAUUUUCUGAUCCUGGUAAUCUUCGGGGAAUAAUGUCUGCCGCAAAACCCGAAGCAAAAUGUUGGAAGGAAUACAACUGUAAACGGAAAGAGUUACAAAAACAAUGGAAGGAAGAGAAGCUGAUAAAAAAAGCUAGGAAAGCGGAAUUAAAAGAGCAAUUGAAGAAUGAAACAAAGGAGCACGUAGAAGAUAUAAAGUAUGAACAGCCGGAAAUCUGCACUGUGAGUAUAGCAAUACCUGGAUCAAUUCUCGACAACGCACAGUCCUUGGAAUUACGGACAUAUCUGGCAGGACAAAUUGCGCGUGCUGCAUGCAUCUACAAUAUAGAUGAGGUCAUAGUGUUUGAUGACAAAGGCGAUGUCACGGAGGAUGAAAAAAAGAAGAUGAGGAAAAACGACAUACUUGGCGAAGCCAGAAUAGGAUGUCUGCAAUUGGCUAGAAUAUUGCAGUAUAUGGAAUGUCCACAGUACCUGAGGAAAUAUUUCUUCCCAAUUCAUAAAGAUUUACAAUAUGCAGGUAUAUUGAAUCCUUUGAAUACGCCACAUCACUUAAAACAGGAUGACAUUUCUCUGUACCGGGAAGGAAUAGUUACGAACAAACCCACAAAAAUUGGCAAAGGUUGUCAGGUAAAUGUAGGACUCCAGAAUGACGUUUACAUUGAUAAGAUGUUAAUACCUGGAUUAAGAGUGACUGUAAAAAUACCACCUAACCAACCAAAUCCCAAAAAGUUGAAGGGUAUUGUAGUACCACCCAACAUACCACGUAUGGAAACUGGCAUAUACUGGGGAUAUACUGUCAAAUUAGUCAAAAAUCUAACAGAAGUACUGACCAAUUGUCAAUACAAAGGUGGAUAUGACUUAACAAUUGGAACAUCUGACAAGGGAACAUUGAUUGAUGAAAUAGAAGCAAGAAGUUUGGAAUAUCGCCAUUGCCUGAUAGUAUUUGGAGGUCUCGCUGGAUUAGAAGCAAUAGUAGAUGUAGACUCACAGUUGGACACUGAUGAUCCAUCAUUAGUAUUUCACAAAUAUUUAAAUACAUGUCCCCAGCAAGGAUCACAGACAAUCAGAACAGAAGAAGCAGUUCUUAUAACUCUAGCUGAAUUAAGAACAAAGCUGAUGCCCAAAAAACAAGAUGUUACCCAAAAAUAAGUAAAUUUAAAAUAGAUAAGU